AUGUGGGCUGGUAACUCUAAUUCGAGUGGUGGCUUGUUCCAUACAUCCUCUGAUAAUAAUUCUCAAUACGUCACAUUUAAUGGAAAUAGUGGACUGCAUUUAAAUUCCUCACAAUCUGUCCCAAGCUUAGUCAACAACGAGGAUCGCUCAAGAACAAAUCUCAUCAUCAAUUACUUGCCUCAGCGGUUCGACCAGCAUGAUCUGCAUAGCCUUUUCGAACAGAUAGGUUCAAUAAGACAAUGCAAACUAAUCAGGGAUAGGGUAACUGGAGCCAGUCUUUGCUAUGGCUUUGUCGACUAUAUUGAACCUGAAAAUGCCCAGAAGGCUAUCAAUACAUUUCAUGGAUAUGAAAUAGAGGGGAAAAGGUUGCGCGUUGCUUAUGCCUGCUCUGGAGGGCGCAGAAGUGCUGCAAAUAAUCGUAAUAAUAAUAAGUCGCCUAGUGAAAAUAUUAUUGGCUGGGAGUUUUACAUAUUCGGUGUACCCUUGGCCACAAGUGAUCACGAUAUUAUGAAAAAUUGCCGUGAGUACGGCAAUGUUUUGCAAUUCAAGGAAAUUUCAGUUCAAGACAUCUCGCAAAUACUUCACCCACGGAGCUGUUGCGGAAUUGAAAUCACUCCUGAGACUUAUGAAAGGCUUCGCAGCGCUGCCUUUCAAAACCAUUGCAGAAAUAUUAUGAUCAUAUAUGAGGAGAAGAGAAGCUGUGAAACGCUUAUGCAAAAACUCAGUGGAGCAACUAACAGGGAUAAUACUCGGGUCGUCUGUUUCCUCGGUAACCCUGUUACUAGGGAAAUGGGCGUGAUGCUCAUUAAUCAAAGUCAAGGAAUUAGUUGUAUUCCUGCUCUUCGCACCAAUAACGUCCUGUCAAAUACACUUACCGAUGGUCUAGCUACGCUUAAUUUGAAUGGCUCUGUAGCUUCAGAACUUAAAGUGCCUCUAAGAGUUCAACUUCCGGAGAUCGUUGAAAGGCCCAAUGCAAUUCCUUCUCAAACCAGCUCCUUUGGUUCAAGACUUCACAGUGGCGGCUUCAUGGAUUUCGACUUUCGAUCAACGGUGCACACGGUCGGAUGUGGCAUUCCCAUCUACUAA